UGAGCCUCCACCACUGAACAUACUGCCACACUGCCGCCUGACAGCCUGAGGAGAGAAGGAACACACUUCAGAAGCGUGCCUACUGCUUACUCUUCACAAGAAAAAGGCCUCGGAAGAGAAGCUGUGUUGGAAGAGAAGUAAAUGUUGGUCUCAGCAGUGGGUGGAUUAAAGAAGGAGUGGAUGACAGAGGAAUGGGGAAUGGCUGAUUUUAGAACUAUCUCUGGGGGCAGAGUGCAGGAGGACUGGAGGCUGGGCUCCACAGAUAACACAGCCCACUGGCAGCAGCUCCUCUGAACUGAGAAACUGUUGAAGGCAGUGCCUGGUCCACCACCUCCUCCACUUUCUCCUCUCAAAACUCCCUCUGCCUGCCUACUACAGUAUCACUAUACUCUCUUGUCUGCCAGCCGCGUGCUCUUUUCUCUACCCAGACCAAUAGAGGGGGAUUGCCAUUCCACAAAGACCACAGCAGCAGCGGCAGACCGACAGACAGGCAGGCAGGUGUGCUCUGCUCUCUGGCAUGCUCCAACACAGCUGGGUCUCUUCAGCCAUCAGUGGAUCAGCCGACUCCUGCCUCCUGCCAUUCAUCCAUGAUAUGACUGGGAUCCUCCUGGGGCCUCCUGGAUCUACAGCGCAAAGGGAAGGGAACUCUGCCGCUACCUCACCGAGGUGCAUGAAUUGAGGAGCAAACUGAAGUGAAAAGAGGAAAUUCAGCAACUCUUGGAGGACAGAGAGAGAGAGAGAGAGAGAGAGAGAGAGAGAGAGAGAGAGAGAGAGAGAAGCAGAGAACAGGGAGACUAGCUUCACGAAAAGGCUUGGAAUCUAGGAGCUCCACCACAGAUGACCAGAGCGUUGGCAUACUGGGAUACUGUACUUGUGACCAGGAUAGUUUUUUCUUUGUUCAAGACUCAACUAGCACUCGCUGACCUGACAUACUCACAUACACGUGUGUGUGUGUGUGUGUGUGUGUGUCUGCAAAUCCCUCAGACACAGGGGAAACGUUCCAUUGUGAGUUGUCCGACUGGAUGGAUAGAAUAGCGACAACAUUGAGAAGAGACUGACGCACCAUGGCACGCUGUCCAAGACACACAAAAGCCCACUGGAGCCUGCACUGAGGAAUUAUCUGCUGUCAGGACCCGCGCCUGCACCAGGGCGAUAGGGAGAGACGGAGCCAAGGAGCCAGGCUCAGGCCACCGCAAGGUGAGGGUGCCGCCGUGCCGGAGAGGAGGAGACUCGCAACUCGCCGAUGGCGUCCUCCGCCAUGCAGAUCCUCGCCUUUGCCCUGGCGCUACUGGGCGUCCUGGGCGCCACUGUGGCCACGCUGCUGCCCAACUGGAAGGUGAGUGCCGACGUGGGCUCCAACAUCAUGACUGCCAUAUCCCAGAUGCAGGGGCUGUGGAUGGACUGUACCUGGUACAGCACCGGCGUGUUCAGCUGCACCUUGAAGUACUCUGUUCUUUCACUGCCUGCCUACCUGCAGACCGCCCGGACCACAAUGGUUCUGUCGUGCAUGAUGGCUUGCCUUGGCCUCUGUCUCGCUGCCCUGGGGCUCAAAUGUACCCGCUGGGGGGGCAGUCACCGGGCAAAGGGGCACGCGGCCAUCGGGGCGGGGGGUUGCUUCAUCCUGGCUGGCAUCCUCUGCUUGGUGCCCGCUUCCUGGUUCACCAACGAGGUCAUCACCACCUUCCUGGACUCCAACGUACCCGAGAGCAGUAAAUACGAACCUGGGGGCGCCGUGUACGUGACCUUUGUCUCUGCCGGCCUACUGCUGGCCGGUGGGGUCAUCUUUUGUUUGUCGUGUCCCGGGAAAAGAGAGGGGCAGUUGGACUACACCUCGACAUCCACCUCGACCACCUUUCCUGACAAACUACUGCAGCAGCAGAUAAACCAGGAGCAAAUAGAGCGCGACCAGCUCCAGCGUGACCUGAUACUGCGGGAGCAACUGCAGCGGGGGCAGAAGGACUUUGAACAGCAGACGUCGCCUAAUGAGCAGUCAAGCCGCGAGCAGCUACAAUGGGGUGACAAAGGGCCCCAGGAUGAGGCCCAAGCAGCUGACGAAAUCCAGCAAGAGGAGCAUCUACAGGAGAAGCUGCUACAUGAGGACAAGGGAACGCAACAGUUCUACUCUCCAUCCAGAGUCCCUCCAAAAGACGCCCGGGCUGGCUACAGCCUGCAGGACUAUGUUUAAUAUGUUUUAUCCCUAAACCCCGCUAUUGUUAGUGGGGUGGAGGGAGAAUCCUGAGGCCAAUCUACUGGCUGCCUUUGUGAGAGGGAGAGAGUGGAGGAGAGAAAAAAGGGUGAGGAAGGUAAUGACUUUGACAGCCUUAUCGCCCCCUCUCAUCUCUCUUGCUUCUGUAAGCGCAAGCAGUAAAGGUAUUCCCAAAGUCUUGGAGAAAGGCAGCUUGUGGAUCCAGAAUCCUGGGGUAAAUGCCUCCUUGACUGCUGCUGUGGUGGGCGGAAAGACACAAGGGUGGGGUAGAGGAGAGGUGUCAUAAAAAUGCACAAGUGCAGUACAAGUAUUGUAUAGCCUGUGACAAGUUCCUUUAAAAACGGACGCGGAGGCUUUUCCAUACCAAAGGUUUCAAUGAGAAAACAGUGCUGGUGAUAAUUAGCUGCUAACAAUAUGACAUCGUUUGCAUAGCAAGUUACCCACUGGGCACACACUGGUUGAAUAAACAUUGUUUCCAUGUCAUUUCAAUGAAAUUACGUUGAACCAACUUGGAAUAGACGUUUAAUUGAGUAGCGUCGAUGUGUCUGAAAAACGAAGAUGUUCUUUGCAAGCUUGCAUCUCUUCGAGCCCCAUUUGCUUUGUGAGAUUAAAAUAAUCAUCCUCCAUCCUAUUUUCAAAAGAUAAACAGACUGAUUGAUAUUCAGUCUUCUUGGCAUGCUUGUUAAAUAAUGCAGCUCGUGAAAUUAUCCGUAGCUUGUUAAAUAAUGCAGUGGAAUGGAGAGUAGUUACUAAAACAUAACUACCAAAGCAUGUGCCUAAAAUGUGUUUGUAGAACUUCGACUGUUUGUAAAAGGAGAAUUACAGAAGACUAAAGAAAUGAAAAGGAACAUCGGAUACCCACCAAUACCAUACACACACCUCCAGUCCACCUUGGAGGGGAAUAACGCACAUGGCAGCAGGGCAGACUUAGUGAUUUGGAGAGCUAAGGCAGAGGCCAGUCUGAGCCCCUGUCCUGUAGUUUUAACUGUAAAAAUGUAUUACCUUUUAAUGUGCCAUGAACACAACCAGUCAUGAUGUUGCCAUCUGAUUGUCAAACAAAUCACAUCAAAAGUAGGGUCCAUUCGCACGUUCAUCCAAAAAUAAUUCCAGCAUCCGAACAGUGCGCAGUGCACCCACCAACUUUCCUUAAAUUAGCAAGUGGCUAAAACGAUCUCACCAGAGAAAGCAUCCGAGCGAGCAAAACAGCACCCCUCUGUCUUACUAUAUGUAACCCAUGUAUCUGAUGCUAUCUGGACAAAAAGAGUAUGACAUGACAUAAUCUUUUUAUCCAGGCAGAAUCAGAUAGUGUCGAUAGAAAGACGACAACCCCUAGGAUUUCUGCACAUUUUAUUGUGUUACAAAGUUGGAUUAUAAUGGAUGUAAUUGUUGACAAAAAAAAAUCAACACUAAAUGCUGUGUAAUGUUUUUUUUUAAUGAUUACAUAAAAUGUAAACACUAAUAUUUAGUGAUUUUUCCUGUGCUUAGCUCCAUCCCGUUUCUUUUCAUCCUGAAAAACUCCCCAGAUGUCAAGCAUACCCAUACCAUGAUGCAGUCACCACCAUGCUUGAAAAUAAGGAGGCAGUUACUCAGUGAUGUGUUGUGUUGGAUUUGCCCCAAACAUAAGGUUAUGCAUUUAGGCCAAAACUUUCAUUCCUUUGCCUCGUUUUUUUGGCAGUAUUGCUGUAGUAUUUUGUUGCACACAUAUGCAUGUUUUGCAAUAUUUUUAUUCUGUUUAUUUGUAUUCCUCUUUUCACUCUCAUUUAGGUCAUUAUUGUGGAGUCACUACAGUGUUGUUGAUCCAUCCUCAGUUUUCUCCCAUCACGGCCAUCUACCAAUCACUGCCCUUUCUAAAUGAGGCUUUCCAAAAGCUCCCUGGUCUUUGUAGUUUAAUCUGUGCUUGAAAUUCAAUAGACUGAGGGACCUUACAGAUGUUGUAUGUUUGGGGGACAUAGGACGGGGUAGUCAUUCAAAAAUCAUGCCAACCCCUAUUAUUUCACACAGAGUGAGUAAAUAUAAGUUCUGUGUUUUGUUAAGCCACAUUUUACUUCUGAACUAAUUAAGGUUUUUCCUAAACAAAGGGGGGUGAAUACUAAUGCAACGACUAUAUUUGAGUUAUUUCAUUUUGAUUAAUUUGUACAAAAUGUGUAGAAUUGUCUUUUCACGUUGACAUUAUGGAGUAUUUUGUGUAGAUCAAUUGAACAUUUUUAAUUUUUUACAAUUCAAUGUAUUUCAAUCCCACUUUGUGAUGCAACAAAAUGUGAAAAUACUUCAAGGAGGUGUAGACUUUCUAUAGGCACUGUACAUGGGCUACACAUACAUGUCCUCUGCCUUGACGAUGAUAGCAGUAUUAUCAGCAGCAUCUGUCUUUUUACUAAAGAAAUGCGUAUUUGUAUCCCCCUAGAGUCAAAGGGCCCAGUCUUGGUUUCUACUAAGCUAACAUAUGGAAUUGUUUUAAGAUGGUCAUACCAAGGAUAAUUUAUAUAUUUGAUUUGGAAUUUUAAAGACCCCUGUAGGUAUUAAAAUAAACUGCUUACUGCUACUAGCCAAUAGAAACACAUUGAAUAACAGAUUCAUACAUAGAAAAACAGAUCGUAAAAAAAGUUUCAAAACGAUUCCUAACUCCUAAUAUGGAGUUGCACAAUCCAUGUCUCAAUUGUCUCAAGGCUUAAAAAUCCUUCUUUAACCUGUCUCCUCCCCUUUAUAUACACUGAUUGAAGUGGAUUUAACUUUCAUAGCUUUCACCUGGAUUCACCUGGUCAAAAUAUGUAAUGGAAAGAACAGGUGUUCUUGAAUGUUUUUUUUUCACUCAGUGUAUGUUUUGAAGUGUUUGUCCUAUGUCUGAGAGAUAUAAGAAACAUCAGAAAAAGAAAAAAAUAGAUUUACUGUGGAAUUACCCGUAAACUUUUACGUGGAAAUGCCCUGUUCACCUCCACCUCAAACCUCCUCCUGGUUUGACAAACACUGCUGUAGGUCGGCCACCUUCCACCACAGGAAGGCUGGCGGAUCAUAGACAUUAAAACCAGUGGCGAAUGUGGUGGAUUGAGACGCAGCCCAUGCAAAAAAACAAAAAAACAUCUCUAGCUUAAACAGACAAAAAAAUUUUUUGCCUUGAGCAGAGCUUGGGGGGGGGCUGAAAAAAGUAUGUUAAAAAAAGUAUAUAUAUAUUUUUUUUUAUGCCCAGCGAUGAUGUUAGGCCUGAGGCAAUUUCCUCUUCUGCCUAAUGGUAAGUCCGCCAGUGCAUGGCAGCGCAGGCUGUCGGAGAUAAUGAUCCUCUUUGCUUUCCCAUUAUCGCCUCGCUACGGCUAGAUGCACACUACUCAUUUACUGCACACCCCCCUGAACACACACACACACACAAAAGAUACACACACAUACACUCUCGUCCUUACUCUCUCUGCCUCGCCCCCUAGCUCCCUCCCUCCCUCUCUAGCUGCGAGGCUAAAAGGAUCUUGUACCCAAUAAUCUUUACGGCAUGUGUCCUUCACAGAGGGUUCUAAUCUACCUGGAACCGAAAAACGUUAUCCUUUGGGGACGGACAACCCAAAAAAAACUUUUGGAACCAUUUUUUUCUAAGAUUGUGGGUCUAGAUUGCAGUGUUGCUCUUGUUUUGGAAAAGAGACGUCAUGGCAAUAAAAAUCCAGAUUUUUUUGGUAGGUUUUUUGUGCCAUUGUGUGUUUACCUCACUUGACAGGACAUAUGCUCUGUUUUUUCCCUACCUGUAUGUGAGAGAACAAAAAUAAAUACAAUGGCUCCACUGGGAAAAGGUUUCCUGAUUUGAGAGGGUUUGUUUCACAAAGCUGACCCCCCCCCCCCCCAAAAUACAAAUAUACAAAUAUCUAGGAAGACAAAUAUCUAGGCUCGAUUUUAGAAUAAUACUUGAUAAUGCAUGUGCUUUCACUUUUUAAACAGGGAAUAUUAACUAUUUGAUGAAAUAUGGUUUACAUGUAUUUUCCCUCUUUGAGAAUGGUCUGCUUUAUGAUGAUUAAGGGCAUAACUUUGAUGAGUGUGAAUUUACUGUGGAUAUCAGGUUCUUAUUAAAAUAAUGAUUCCAUGUGAUUGUCAAUCCACAAGUCAUUUCAACUUUAGCGAUUGUUAAGAAUGUUUUUGAUUGUUAAUUGCUAAAAAAAAUUGCAAAAAAUAAAUCAAUGAUUUGUUAAGCUGUCAA